ACCAUGUCCACCACAAUUAAGCACAUACAAGAACAACACCAGGAGGCACCACUACCUUAUUAUCACUUUUUUGUCUCUCCUUCCCUCCCCACCCAACCCCUUCUCUCUCUCUCUCUAUAUAUAUAUAUAUAUAUAUGUAUGUAUCAUCCUAAUUCUUCUUCUGAUCAUAUAUAUAUAUAUUUGAGCUAAUAUUAUUUCAAUCCAACACUGAUCAUCAUAUAUCUAAAGAUGAUUCGGGGACGUAUGAGACUGCCUGGUUUCUGCAUGAAUGGGUGUUUUCGAGUCCAUUCUCCUCCUCGACAAUACAAGCAAACCUAUAAUUCCAUUAAACCAGAUGACAAAUUCGCCGAGUUCUCUGUCAACAGCAUUGAUAAUAUGAGCUUCAACACCGGCGACACGUCGUCCAAAGGAGAUACUGAAAGCGGCAAUAGAGUGAUGGUGGUGGUUGAUUCCACCAUUGAAGCUAUGGAUGCUCUUCAAUGGGCAUUGUCUCACACUGUACAAAUCCAGGAUACUAUUAUUCUCCUCCAUCUAAUUAAACCAUCAAGACUAGGUCCGAAUUCUAACAGACAAAAGGCCUAUGAACUUCUUUGCUCUAUGAAAAGUAUGUCUCAAAUGACACGACCUGGGGUGCACAUUGAGAUAGCAUUACUGGAAGGGAAGGAAAGUGGUCCAACCAUAGUGCAAGAAGCAAAGCAACGAAGAGUGUCACUGCUGGUCUUAGGGCAAAGAAAGCCAUCGGUGGUUUGGCGUCUGCGGUCGACGUGGGCGGGGCGGAGGAGUCGCAGUAGGGUUGUGGACUACUGUAUCCAACAUGCUGGUUGCUUGACCAUUGCAGUGAGAAGAAAGAGCAAGAGAUAUGGAGGGUAUUUGAUUACCACUAAGCGUCAUAAGAAUUUUUGGCUUUUGGCUUAGAAAUACAAACGUUGGUAUGGUUGAUACAUGUGAAAAAUGGUUGUGAUUGUCAUGAUUGUGGGGUUAAUGUCAUUGGAUUUAUGUUGGAAAUCAAGUGUAUAAAAAAGUUGUGUCCAAUUUCAUGACUCUAGAUAUCUAAUUGUACUAUAGUAUCUAUAAAUAGCAUAAAAACUUUGUUGUUUGAGGACCAUGCAGAUCAUAUGAAAAAAUUCAUC